CAGAAAUAUUAACUUGUAAGACUCGUUUAAAAAAUCUGUCAUUAUUGAAAACAAAAUAAUCCGAAAUGGCGGUAUUCAGGAAGGCAUUAUUGCUGGUCUUCGCCUUCAUUACUUCGAUGAUAAUACACUGUGAUGCUGAUCAAGAUUGCCAAAUCCCGGAAGGCACUCCAUCAGUAUGGCUCGGUGAUGAGGAUGACGUCACGUACUGCGAGGCAGAUUCAUCGCAGUGCUCUAAUUUCGGUCUUGUCUUUGUCUGUGAAGACCCAUCCGGUGGUUCUCUUGAGCCAUGUAUCAACGGCACAAAAGUCCUGUGCUCCUCUCCAGAUGUCAUCCCUCUUGCUGACCCAACACCUUCGUCUGAACUCAGUGUCGUUAUCUAUAAUAUCUGGGAGCUUCGAUACCUCUACUAUCAGAACGGACAAAGAGAACGAACCUGUCGUAUUCUCCAUGAGCUCUUGCGUCUCCGUCAAGACAUCGAUGUGAUUGUGUUCAACGAGGCCUUCAUGGGAGGAUGUUUCUCCAAGUUCAAUUCAACAGUUGAGAUGAGCACUCUUACCAUUCGAGAUAUUCUGGUACAGCAUGGUUUCAUAUACCACUCUAAGACGGUUGGAGAGGAGCGGGAACUUCCCAAGUUUGAGAAUGGUGGUGUCUUCAUUGCUUCUAGGUGGCCAAUAGUCGCCGAAGAUGAGACGAUCUACACGGACGCGGUCAAGACCACCGCAGACGCACUAUCAGCAAAAGGUGCAAAGUAUGCUCGGGUUCUGAAGUCGGUGGAUGGAUCAAACCGACAUUAUAACAUCUUUGGAACCCACUUACAGGCAUCCAAAGGGGUUAAUGCUGAUAGGGUUCGGGUAAAUCAGGCCACGGAAAUGCACGAUUUGGUUGUGAAUCUAACACUCUCAUCACAUGAGCCUGUCAUCUACGCAGGAGACCUUAACGCAAACUACUAUGACAAGGAACCACGCUCCAACACUGCCAACAUCUUAGAAGCCCUUCAUGCCGUGGUCCCACUGAUCAUAGGUGAGCUCAAUUACACCACGGAUGGGUUGCUCAACGAUGCUAGAGACGGUGACAGCGCAUCUUACAAGGAUUACGUAAUCUACCAUGACGACUACCUCCAUCCGAUAGCAGCUUCUCAAGAAAUAUUACGCCCUAGGGCAUCAGAGUUCUUCGAAGUCUGCAUGGAGGCCAUCUCACCCUUCCCUACUUAUCCAGACUCUAACCGAUGUCGAAGGAGUCAAAACAUCACCGAUCUUGCGGAUCACUUUGCAGUCAUCGGUGUCUACAAGUUUGAUAACAAAAUGAUAACGACCGAGUCAAGUGGGCUUGAGACGACGAACCCCGACACCCUUGAGCCUUCAGAAUCGGAUGAAACGACGGAGUCAGGCGUAUCUCCUUCCACCAUGACUACAGAGUCAGGUGCCACUAGUCAGACUCGUCUUCUUUGCAUGACUACUUUCUUUUUUUCGAUACUGUCAGCCAUUGUUUUAAAGGAAUAUCUCUGCUGAUAAAAAUGUAUAAUCUAACCUAUUAUAAUGACUUAAGAAAAUGAAGGUUGUUUAUCACAUUCCAGUGAACAGUUAGUCAACUAUGUGCUAAAUCAUUCGAUAUACGACAACUAUGUUCAAUCAUUAAUUUUAUCUAUUUUCUUAGAAACGAUAUUAAUAUGUUUUAUUCCUUUUAUGAAUAAAUGGAUGUGAUCUUGCUGUCACAAAACUUCA